AUGGGCAUGGGAUACAUGGUUGGCGUUUGGCAGAAUGUUUCUAUUUUCUUGAGACCUGUUGAUGAAGACGGAGAGCGUGUAAGGUGGGCUGCUUUGCUGGCUCCACCGACUGCUUCGCAGGAUGUCGCGGCUUCUGGGUCUGCUGGUACUAUUCGAAUCGUAGAAGAAGAAGUCAGGGAGGAAGAUCGAGACCAGCUAGAUCCUUCCACGCUCCUCUACCAGGACUCGACUACUUAG